AUGUCGUCCAAUAUACUCACAGACUUCCCCUCCGGCUCCAUCCUAGGCGACAUCCAUAUUGACCAGACACAGAAAUACGUCAUCGCGGCCUUUGGUGCGGUGGUCUGGUACAACUCAAUUGAGCUCAUCGUCCUCUGUUUGACCACCUUCAAGCGAUAUCAUGGUUGCUACUUCUGGUCCCUCUUCAUUGCCUCUAUCAAUCUUAUCCCGCACGUCCUCGGCUUCUUCCUUCUCUUCUUAUUCCCCGGCAACUCGUCACCGUAUAUCGCUGUGAGUCUGAUCAUACCCAGCUGGUACGCCAUGGUGACGGGUAAUUCGCUUGUGCUCUGGUCACGGCUGCAUCUCGUCAUACAGAGACCCAAGGUGCUCCGCGGCAUUCUUGCCAUGAUCAUCAUCGAUGCAGUGAUACUCCACAUCCCUACCACGGUGCUCUUGUACGGCGCUGUCUCGCCCCAUCCCGCUAGAUUCACCAAGGGAUAUGACAUUAUGGAGCGUAUCCAGCUCAUUGGCUUCGCGAUCCAAGAGUCUAUCAUCUCUGGAAUCUACAUCUUCGAGACGGUCAAGAUCCUCCGGCUACGGCAGGCGACGGCCAUCCACCGCCGGAUCUUCCUACAGCUCCUCGCCAUCAAUGUCAUGAUCAUGAUCCUAGAUCUAGCAGUCGUCGGAACGGAGUAUGCCGGGUACUACGCGGUGCAGGUCAUGUUCAAACCGGUGUCGUACAGUGUCAAGUUCAAACUCGAGUAUGCGAUUCUCGGGCGGCUGAUCCAGAUCGCCCAGGGAGUGAACUCCGAAGGGGCGCCGGUAGCCUCUGACCUGCAGAAAUUCCACUCAGACCCGUUCCAUUCAAACCCGUCCGAGCAUGCUGUUGACUCGGGGGAACUGGGGCAUCGGGGGAGUAAGAAUGAAAACAUGUCGGAUAGCCACCGUACACCUGCAAAAUAUUUUUAA